AUGGCGGAUACGGCAGAGAGCGGCAAGGCCGAGGAGAAGUCCGAGCAGAAGGCGGAGGUGCUCUUCGAGGACGUGCUGGAGCGGUGCUGCGGCACCGGCCGCUGGCAAACGCUGCUCAUCGGGUACAUGUCCGUCAUGUGGCUGCUCUUCCCCGUCUUCUCCAUGUCCAUGAUGUUCGUCGGCGCCACGCCCAAGUUUAGAUGCGCCGACGGCUUCGCCGCCAACGUCACUUUCGCCAAUCUGCCGUCCGAUACACCGCGCUGCCACGCGGCCAACUCGACGGCCGCCUGUCAGCGCUGGGCGUUCGACCCUUCCGUGUACGUGUCGACGGUGGUGACUGAGUGGACGCUGGUGUGCGGCCGCAAGCCGCUGCUCUCACUGCUGCAGACGUGGCUGAUGAUCGGCGGCCUGUUCGGCUCGGUGGCGAGCGGCCAGCUGGCCGAUCGCUUCGGCCGGCGGCCCGUCUUCCUGCCGGCCAUGCUGCUGCUGAUCGCCUGUGCGUUCACCGUCGCGCUCGUCACCGACUACGCCAGCUUCGCGGCCGUGCGCUUCCUGACGGGCGUCGCCACGUCGGCCAUGAUCAGCAGCCAGUACGUGCUGGUUCUGGAGCUGUGCAGCAGCGAGCGGCGCGCCGCGAUCGGUAUCGUCUCAAUCAUGCCAUUCGCCUUUGGCACCUGCUUCGUCGCGCUCGGCUCGUACCUGAUCCGCACGAGAUGGCUGCUCCAGCUGGCGUACGCCGUGCCGUGUCUUAUCUUCCUGUUCAACUUCUGGCUGAUGCCCGAGUCGCCCCGCUGGCUGGUGCUGCAGGGCCGGUUCCCGGAGGCGUGUGCCGUGCUGCGCCGGGGCGCGCGCUGGAAC